ACGGUGGCUUCCGCGCGGAGACCUCCAUGCGGCUGUUGGCGGAACAGCCAGCCGCCUCUCUCGGUUAGCCAUCAGGGAUCUCGGUUUAAUAUCUCACCGUGCAGAGACUCGCCCUCUCUCUCCCCCUCUCUCUCUCACUGACUAGCCCAGAACCACCGACGACCGAGCUCCGAGAACCCGCCUUCUUGUUCUCGUUUAUACCCUUUUGGAUCGAGGGAAGAGAGUCUGCAACGCCCUGGCUUUAGUUUUAAGCUCCGUGUUUUUGUGUUUGCAGUGCGCCAUUGGACCUUGUCACGAUACAAGACCGUACACCCACAAAUGAAUGGAGCAAUGGAGGCAACCACCCAGGACAUCAAAGGUGUGGUUUUGACAUUGUGGGCACAGGAUGACCUCUUAAAACUGCUGGAGGCCAUGCAAUUGGCCCUGCCCCAGAAAGACAUGACUAAAUAUAAAACAUCAGAGUCCCACCUCGACUGGCAGAAGGUGGCCUUCAAUUCCUUCACAGCAGAGAUGUGUAAGCAGAAGUGGCAGGAGGUCUCUAAAGAAAUUCGUAAAUUCCGGACUCUGACAGAACUGAUAUUUGAUGCCCAAGACUACAUCAAGAACCCGUACAAGGGCAAAAAAAUAAAGAAACACCCUGAUUUCCCCAAGAAGCCCUUGACUCCAUAUUUCCGCUUCUUCAUGGAAAAAAGGGCCAAAUACGCAAAGUUGCACCCUGAGAUGAGCAACCUAGAUUUAACUAAAAUCCUCUCGAAGAAGUACCGGGAGCUGCCCGAAAAAAAGAAGAAAAAGUAUGUUGAGGACUUCAUAAGAGACAAAGAAACAUUUGUGAUCAGCAUGAUGAAGUUCAGAGAACUACACCCGGACCUUAUGGAGAGCAUGACCAAGAAAGGUUCAAAUACACCAGAGAAGGCCAGGACACCCCAACAGCUGUGGUACACCCAUGAAAAGAAGGCCGUCCUCAAGACACGCCCGGAUGCGACCACCAAAGACGUUAAGGAAACUCUUGGCAAACAGUGGACUCAGCUCUCUGACAAGAAGAGACUCAAAUGGAUCGCUAAGUCCCUGGAGCAGCAGAAACUCUACGAGGAGACGAUGCGGCAGUACAUCCAGCAGCACCCGGAGUUAAACAUGACCCAAGGGGAUAUCAUCAAGUCCACCCUGACCAAGGCGGAGAGGCACCUGAAAGACAAAUCUGAUGGCCGACCUGACAAACCACCGCCAAAUGGUUACUCGAUGUUCUGUGCUGAGUUGAUGUCGAGCAUGAAGGACGUACCCAGUACAGAGCGUAUGGUGAUGUGUAGCCAGCGGUGGAAGCUGCUGAAACAGAUUGAGAAGGACGCCUACCAGAAACGCUGUGAACAGAGGAAGAAGGAGUUUGAAAUUGAGAUGAACAGAUUUCUCAGUAGUUUGUCAGAGGAGGAGCAAAACCGAGUUUUGUCUGAGGAGAAACUAGGUUUUAAGAGAGGUGGCGCCAACAGUCCUGCCGCCAAAAAGAAGGCCUCUAGAGCAAAGGUCAGUCCAGAGAAACCCAAAAGGCCAAUUUCGGCCAUGUUCAUCUUCUCUGAGGAGAAGCGUCCGAAACUGCAGCAGGAUCGCCCGGACCUUUCGGACAGUGAGCUCACAAGACUCCUGGCUCGCAUGUGGAAUGAGCUGCCCGAUAAGAAGAAGGAGAAGUACAAGCGCUUAGAAACGGUCCUGAAGGCAGAGUCGGAGAGGAAGGAGAAGGAGGAUCGUACUCGUCUGCCGGACCCUCCCAAGACUGCUCAGGACAUCUGGCAGCAGAGUGUCAUAGGAGACUACCUGGCCAGAUUUAAGAGUGACCGGCCAAAGGCACAGAAAGCAAUGGAGGGAACCUGGAGCACCAUGGAGAAAAAAGAGAAGAUUGUGUGGAUCAAAAAGGCAGCAGAAGACCAGAAAAGAUACGAGAGAGACCUGUGUGAGAUGCGCUCACCUGCUGCUACCUUCGCCUCAGGGAAGAAGAUGAAAUUUGAGGGUGAACCCAAGAAACCACCAUCAAACGGAUAUCAGAAGUUUUCUCAGGAGAUGCUGUCCAACGGAGAGCUGAACCACCUCCCGAUGAAAGAGCGGAUGACUGAGAUCGGCAGCCGCUGGCAGAGGUUAACGCUGAAGGACAAGGACCGCUACAAGAAGAUCGCUGAGGAGAAGCAGAGACAGUACAAAGUCCUACUGGAACAGUGGCUCGCUAGCUUGUCUUCACAAGAGAGAAACACUUACAAAGAAUAUAAUUCACAAAAAAGGAGAACUACAGCAAAACCAGGCGGCCCCAAAGCCAAGGCCAAGAAAUCUGACACGGAGGAGGAGGACGAAGAAGAGGAGCGGGAGAAGGCUUCCUCUGAUGCAUCCUCAUCCAGCGAGGAUGAGGACGACGAUGAUGAUAAGGAGGAGGAGGAUGAUGACGACGACGACGAAGACGACGAUGAGGCUGAAGACAAGGAGAACAAGUCUGAGGACAGCAGCAGCGAAUCGAAUUCACAGGGGUCGUCAGACUCUGAAUCGGACUGAAACAGGCCGACGUCUUCGUGAGACGAACUGAGCAGCGCUGAGCUGAGCCAAGAGUCAAGGGAGCUCUGCCACUGUGCCAACCCUGCUCUCCUCCCACCACCAGAGGGAGCCCUGCAUUGCCUCAUCCACUUCACACUCGCCCACUUGAUGUUGCUGCCUUGGUGAUCUUACUCAUGGAGGGACCCUGCCCCUAUGUCCAAAAUCAGUUUCAUUCCCUCCCCGUUGUGAUGGUCAUCUCACAGCACGGGCCGCUGACGUUAUGCCAAAAACAGCCGCCCACUGGUUUGGUGUUGCCGUUGGUUUUAAUCUUAACUUACAGGUUUAAUGGUUUAUGGUUAGAGUUUUAAUGUCGAGGGUAAUUCAUAACCUUCCAGUGUUUUAUUUCAUUAUUCUGGUAAUUAGUUGAAGACAGGCGGCACGAGAUGUGAACAGGCUUCAUGGAGCCAAAGAACAUAGUAUGGUGGAUCACUUUUAGGGAGUGAUGGGGGGGGAGAGAGAGAGGGGUGUGCAGGGUACUGAAAAAUUGCACUCUUCAGAAUGUUUCCUUAUUUUUUAUUUCAGAGCAUUGUCGCGUUGUUCUUUAUUCUCAAUUUAUAAUGUGGAUUUUAUCAUUUGGUUCUUAAAGAGGUGGUAUUUUUUCAGGAAAAAAAUCAAGCCAUUAUGAAUGUCUUUUUGUUGCUGGAAAAUUUAGAAAUCUGUUACUUACCCAUGUUCUCAUUUAAAAGAUAACAGUGCCUAUAUAAAGUAUUCACACCCUCUUGGACUUUUUCAUGUUUUAUUGUUUUACAGCGCUGGAUAAAGUGGAUGCUUUGAUACUCAUUUACAGAAAGUGUGUCUUUAUACUGCAACAUUCUUUGUUUAAAUGUGCAAACAUUUCAACACAACACUGAUCCUCACAUUGAUCUCUUCUCACCUUUAGGACGCAGCAGGCUGAGCCAAUUUGCUUGUAAUAUCACAAGAAAAACAAAUCUCUACAGAUGUGUCUAAAUAAAGUGCACGUUUAAAACACCUAAAACAAUUGAUUACAAGUAUUCUCCCUCCUUAAAACAUUAAGUGAAUCUUUGGCAGCAGUUACAGUAGAUCGUCUUUUCACAUGUGGAAACUGCAUUUACCCCGGCUGCUUCUUUUGCAAAACUGCCUACCUGAGGUUUAUAGUGACCAGUGCGCUAUUCUGCUCCGUGAAAAUGUUCUUGUCUUUCCUCACCAAUGAUUUUUUUCGUAAACUUGUUGCAAGUUAUCUGGAAUGUUUCUUUUAUCUUCACUCAGCUGUUGGAUAUUCCAGAUGCAGGUGUGUUCAGUGGCCACACCUUUAAUUAAACACAAGUGAGCUCCAUUGAAUUUGUAACGACAUGUGUCUGCACCAGUCAAUUCUUUCAGUCAAUUCUUUUUUGUUUUAUAUUUGGAGUUCAUUUAGAUCAGUUUGAAGAUUAUUCUUUCUUUGAGUGUCAAAUGUCUGAUUGCAUCCAUUAUGCUUCAGAGAUGUAAAACAGAAAAAGGUUUCAGGAAGGUGAAUACCUUUUUUUAAAGGCGCUGUAGGACCCAUUGCCAUGUAUCUGUCAUUUUACACAGUUAUUGACAUGUGUUGUACAUUAUUCUAUCAGUCUGAAGCAAUUGUUUGCCUCAGUGAAUUCUGGCCUGACAGUAAUAAACAGUGUUUAUUGUGUGACCAGAGCAGUUUGUCAUUGAAGGGAUAACACUUGUUUUCCACGUGUGGAGUUCAGUCGGACUCUGUUUUUAAAGAAUACAUCAUACAGUUGGUUUAUGUCUCUUCUCUGAACCGUUGUUUUACGUUUAUCGUUUCUUUGAGUUAAUAGGUUUGUUUUUAAUUGUUGUGUUCUGAUCCAUCUGGAAUCAUUUUGUGGAUGUCGAACUGAAUGGUAUUCAUCACAUCUUUGUUUUUGUUUUGAAUUUUUAAUGGUAUUGACUGUAAUCCAAAUGGGUUUUAGUCCGAUGCUUAAUCCCAAAAAAAGUGUGCACUUAAUGUAAAUGUGUCCCUCCUGUGUGAGUUUGUGUGCAUGCAUGCACAUAACUGUGUAUAUAUGAGGGUGUGAGUCUUUCUUUGCUUUAAUGUGUGCUGUUUUUACUGUUUUCGUUGCAUACCAUGAUUUGACUGCAGCGUGCAUGUUUGCCUGUGUGGGGACGUCAUACCAACACCAUGAAUGUAGAUAUUGUUAAAUCUUUUUUUUUUUUUUAAAUGUCUUUAGUAGUUUUUUUUCUGCUAGAUGCUGUCUUGUCAUUGACAAGACUUCCAUGACUGUCAUUGUGGGUCCACAGACGGAUGAGUACAUGGCAACUAUUAAUAAUCUGUUAUUAAUGGGCUGAUUUUGACCAUUUUGAAUCAUCACUGUCUAAAACAAAAACCAUUGUGGACUAUUUAAAUAAUUUGGGGAGGGAAUAAGACAAGUGAUUGCUGGUAUUGAUAGAUGGAAAUUUGUAAAAGGGAAUUGGGGAAGUUGCCAGAAGAAUUGGGGUUAAAAGCUGUUGUAAUUUUCCCUGUAAAUACUGUUUUUGUAUCGAGUGCUUAUUGUUUUGUUAGUGCUUUAAUUUGGCAAACCCACUUCUGAGACCAGUGAGUUUUUCACUCACAGGAGAAUUUUGGUGUAAUUCACCUGUUUUAGUUGUUUCUUCUCCCUUAUGUUGGUUUAUAGAGAUAUCUAAGACGGCAAAGCUUUACAAGUUUGUACUGCUGGUCAUUUGACAAAAUUUGAUGUUUUCUAUAGCUGAGGUUGUUCUUAUGUCCUUGUAGUUCAAGUAUUUGGGCAAAUAAAAAAAUAUCUUUAACAGUU